AGGGGAAACAAAUAAUUUUCUGUUGAUCAGCCGUCUGUGUCGGGCCAUUGUUUAUUUUUGCAGAGCCUAGGUAGUGCUACUGCGGAGAGUCAAGAUGUCGGAAGACAAGCGAAGAGGGGAAGAAGUAGAAGAUGGCGGGCCUGGUCUUGUCUACAUGCCAUUUGUCGUCAUGGAAGAAUUCCUAGACAAACUCAGAUUACUGAAUUAUGAGAAGGAGUUUUCCCGUGUACUUAAUAUGAAACCAAUAUCAAGACAUUACUUCGCCAUACCAACAAACCCAGGGGAACAGUUCUUCAUGUUUACCUCACUGUCGGCUUGGCUGCUGAGGAAGGCUGGCAAGAGUUUUGAACAACCACAGGAAGUAUGUACAGACUGAUAGUAGAUUAA